AUGGAGCAUAUUCUGUGGCAAUGUGAUUUUAGUGAAGCCAUAUGGCACUGGCUGUGUGGAGUGUUUAAAUGUUCUUGUCCUCGGAGUUUUGAUGAGGUUUUAAGUCUUGCAAAAAGUAAAAGCCCAGCUGUUAAAGAGGUAUGGUACAUAUGUGCUUUUAAUAUUAUGGUUGAAUUAUGGUUUGCAAGGAAUGUUGUGAUAUAUGAAGUUGAAGCUCCAUCUGUGGAUAAAUUGAAAAGGAGAAUUUACAGAUGUGCAAAGGAAGGCAGUUUUAGAAUGAGGGGAAAAAAAUGGGGGAAUAUGUUGGACCUACAUAUAAUGUUGCAUUUUGGCAUCUCAGGGGUAAAAGUGAAAACCGUAAGAGUGAAACAAUGUUUCUUUGCAUUUCCCUCUCAAAACCAAACAUUGAUUUGCUGUGAUGGAGCUUCUAAAGGCAAUCCAGGUUUGGCAGGAAUUGGUUUUGUUGCUAGAAAUCACUAUGGAGAGCAUAUGGGUUCAGCUUCAGGUGGACUGGGGAUUGCCACAAAUUACUUGGCAGAGGUGAUGGAUCUAAUUAUUGCAGGUGAGUGGGCAAUGUCAAAAGGGUUGUUGAAUGUAUGCUUCAGUUUAGAUUCUAAAGUUGUAAUAAUAGCAUUCUUAAAUGAUAAAAUACCAUGGAUGGUACAGAGCAGAUGA